AUGAACAAUUUACUAUUAUCAUGCAUUGAUUUUUGUUUAGUUUAUUUAGAUGAUAUCGUCAUUUUCUCACGUAAUUAUGAUGAGCAUUUAAUUCACCUUGAACAAGUAUUAAAUACUCAACAAUUACAUAAUUUAACAUUAAAUGGUUCAGAGAAAUCAAAAUCUUUUCACGAUUUUAAACAUUUGUUAGUAUCUCAUCCACUACUCUUAAAUUUUCCUGAUGAUACGCAACCUGUUUUAUCAUUCACUGAUGCAUCGAAAGUGCUAUUAGGUGGUGUGCUUUAUCAAGAAAUAAAUGGUGUUAAAAAAGUACUUUAUUAUCAUUCCGAAUUAUUAUCUUCUUCUCAACAACGCUAUCAUCCUAUUGAACUUGAAGCAUUAGCUAUUUUAAAAUGUAUUUCUAGAAUGAAAUCGAUUGUACUUGGUAGAAGUGUCAUUAUUUACACUGAUAAUUACCCUCUGUGCGAUAUGGUGGAUACGAAGGCGUUAAAUAAACGAGUUGAACGCACAGCAUUAUUAUUUCAAGCGUUCAAUGUUGAACAUAUUAUACAUGUGACGGGAAAGCAUGAUUGUUUAUCCGAUUAUCUUUCACGACAUCCCAUUUCAAAUGAUGAAAAACAACUAGAUUCUGUAUAUGGAUGGGGAUUUAAAAAAGAUAAAUCUACCUGUUCAAUCAAAUUUAUUGGUGUUGUGGUUAUCAGGUCAAAAACUAAAGUAACACCUAGUAAUGUUACUUCUCCUGCAUCUUCAGUACCAUCAGAUAAAUGUUCUUUAGUACUAACAUCAACUUCUUCAUCUGCUUCUAAUGAUUCAUGCUAG